CGGCCGCUGUGCGCUGUGCCAAUAGGAUCAUCGAAACCGGAGUUAUUCAGUCGACUUUUAGUCAAAGUAGAUGUUAAAACGAAGUGUACUGGGUGAGCCGUAUGCGACGUAUGCGACAUAACAAAUAUGGCUUAUCGAGGUGUGAAAGGAUCUGAUCCGUUCGUUUCAAAAACCUCGCGGAACGAACGUUUCGCGCAAAUGUCAAAGCAGGAGCAGAUCAUUCAACAGAAAAAGCUUGAAAUACAGGCGAAGAAACAGGAGCAGAGGGCGAAAGAGGCUGUGGAAAGCUUGAAAAAGACUACCACUUUAGCCCCGAAUUUGAUUGGGAACAAAACGAACUCUGUCAAGAAAGAAGAAGAAAAACCGACGUCCCAAACAAUUAAUCUGUUCGCGAACGAUGGUAGCUUCUUGGAUCAGUUCAAAAAGAUUGCUAGUAACAAGAGCACGAGGAAACCAGAGCCAGUGUUCACAUUGAAGUCUGACGACAGAAAGGAAGAAAAGAUCAAGGAAUCUAUGCAAGACAAAGAGAGGAGUAAUGACAGAAGGAAUGACAGAAGUAACGACAGAAGUAAAGAUUGGGAGAAUAGAAGAGAUCGCAAGAGAGACGAUUACCGUUGGGAGAAGAAUUCCGAUAAAAGACACAACUCUUCGUCCAGCCCGUCGCCGACGAGACGACAGACGUCCCAGAGUCCAGAAGCCAGACGUUCGUUUAAUCAAGUGAAUUCUAAUGGACAGCAUACUCCACACAACCAUCAGUUUCUUUCUCGAAACGGAAAUCCGUCUCCCAUUCCUCCAGCGUCUCAGCCACUGAUGCACCUCACAGGAGUACCGCCUCCCAACAUAAGGACCAACGUACCUCCCCCGGAUCUGUCGAAAAUGCCUCCUCCUAAAAAUAUGUGCAACGCUUAUCCCGGCCUGGACGACCGGUCCGGAGAUCCUAGAAUGCAAAUGUCUCAGCAGCACAUGAUUCGUCCACCGCCACCUCCGCCCCCGUUACCUGUUCAAUCUGUUCCGACAAACACCACUAUACCACCGCCAAACAUGCAUAUUUCUCGGACAGUACCGCCUAAUUUACAAAGUUUGCCACCUCCGCCAAUUCCGUUAGCACAGCCAGCGUCAUCGUUGCUCUUGUCAUCGCCCCCUCCACCGCCGCCGCUGUUAUCAUUACCAUCUUCCUCUUGCUCUACCUCUUCGUCUCCUGCCGCUCUACCUCCUCCGUUGACGUCGACGGCGUUGCAACACCCUCCCUCGUUGACGACCUCGUCCUCGUCGUCGUCGCCCGCGUUGCUCGUAUCCGCGGAUUCAUCCGGACGCCAAUGCGGCGUAGGACCUUCCGGUCCGUUGCAGCCGACGAAUUUACCACCCCCGAACAUUCCCCCGCCUAAUUUGUUACCGGGACUCGGGCAGCUCCCGAACAGAUUGCCCAUCCCGGCCUCGCAAACGAUGGUAGUCAGUGUGCCGAACGCUUCGAAUGUUCCCAAUGUCCCGCCACCGAACGUGAUGCCACCAGUGAUGAUGUCCGGGCCACCGCCGCCGGUCCGCCAAGUGGCGUCUAACAUAAAUUCCGUUCCACCGCCGAACCUGAACAUCCCGCCUCCUCCCUUGAUACAGAACACCGGUCCGCCGCCUUUGAUGUCGACCAGCUAUCCUCUUCCUAAUCAAGUCGCUCAGGUACCUAUGGGACCGCCUAAUCUGCAAGUGCCACCGCCGGCGAGGCCGAUCGCAGGUCUACGAGCCUCCGACCAGCUAGUGUGUCCCGUAGAGGCUGAGCAGCUGGCACGCAUGGUCGCCGACUGUGGAGACGAAAUCGAACAGGAAGCGCGAGAGAAGAACGCCCAAGAUCCUAAAUUAUGGUUUCUGCACCAAAAGCAAAGUGCAGCCUAUCUGCAGUACAGGGGCCUGGUGGCGAAAUUUCGCGCUGAGAAGUCCCUGAAGGAGAACAAGAACAGUGGCGCUGAACCGUACUGCCCGGAGGAAGCUCUCAGCGAUAACGAUGACAGCGAUCAAACUCCUGUACCUAACAAGAAUCUUCUAUCGCAAGAAAGGAAACGAGAAAGAGAAAGCGAUAACAAUUCGGAUCGAUUUAAAGAUGAGAAUAAAGAAGAGCGCAAAAGAAGAAGACGUAGCCGCUGGGGCGACCCGGACAAUAAAGUGCCCGUAGCGGAGAUGAACAGCGCAUUAACCGGUCCGAACAAGCAACAGAGCAACAGCCAUGUCUCGCAGUCAGGCGUUGCGAUUUCUGGUCAAUCGUCGGCUAUACUCCCGCCGGCGAAAAUGUCACGCGCGGAAUCGAAAAAUCCGAUGUUGACGAAAGUUUCGAGGAACGAUCCGGCUUUGAUACAAUAUGCUCGUCAAACGUUCGGCACGUUGGACCUGUCCGAGGAACAAUGGAAGAAAGCCGAAGAUCAUUACAAAAUAAAUCUCCUAUAUCAGAAUUUAUUGAAGAAACGGGAAGAAGUGAGACGCUUGGAAGCACAGGGGAAACAUAAAUACGAAUACGACAGCGAUGAGGAGACGGAAGGCGGUACUUGGGAGCACAAGCUCAGGUCCGCCGAAAUGGAGGCUACCCAAAUGUGGGCAGAAGAACUGACCGCUCAAGCGGAAGGGAAACACCAUAUCGGUGACUUUUUGCCGCCAGACGAGCUGAAAAAGUUCAUGGAACAAUAUAACGCGUUGAAACAAGGAAAAGAACCUGAUCUGAGCGAUUACAAGGAGUACAAGUUGAAGGAAGACAAUAUAGGAUUUCAAAUGCUGCAAAAGCUCGGUUGGAGCGAGGGACAAGGGUUGGGUAGCGAAGGGAACGGUCGUAUCGAACCUAUUAAUAAAGCGACCAAUAGAUUUGACAGUGCCGGGCUAGGUUCCGAGAGACCGGACGGUGUAUCUCGGGAUGACGACGAAUUCGAUGCUUACAGGAAAAGAAUGAUGCUCGCCUAUAGAUUUAGGCCUAAUCCUCUGAACAAUCCACGAAGACCGUACUAUUGAGGAAGUAGUGAUCGAUAGAUCGGCAUGUUGCGGCAUUAUGAAGAUUUUUUAUUUAGUUGGAAGACGGACUGUCGUUAUUUUGUAUAUUUGAAAAAUUCUGUAAAAGUACAAGUUUUCAUCUUACAUAUACUGUUGUAUGCUCGAAAACGCUCGAUAUAAUAUAACAAAUGAGAUUUCAAACUUGUAA